CACACGGGGUUAGUCAAACUCCACACCAAAACCUCGGGAAAUGAGGGCCAGCAGGUGAGCAAACCCACCCCAAGGGGCAAGGACCUACACGAACCAAGCAUGACCGCUCUGAGGAUGAAGAAUCUCCUCUUCACCCUGCUCUUGGCUUGCGGGCUGCUGCCGGCCCACAGCAGCGUCCUGGAGCUGGAGCAGAUGAUCCGGGCGGCCACGGGGAGAAGCGCGCUGCUCUCCUACAGCUGGUACGGCUGCUUCUGCGGCAUCGGCGGCAGGGGGACCCCGGUGGACUCCACCGACCAGUGCUGCCACGCUCACGACUGCUGCUACAGGAGGCUGAGACAGGGCACAUGCACCCCGCUGGUAACCCCCUACCAGUUCGAUGUUGCUGAUGGAGACAUCGUCUGCGGUGAUGAGCAGAGCUGGUGCAAGAGAGAGACCUGCCUGUGCGACCAGGCGGUGGCUUCGUGCUUCGCAAGCACUUUGCCUUCCUACAACAAAUCCUACCUCUUCUAUUUCAAGCUGAAAUGCCAAGGAAGCAAACUCCAGUGCUGAGCAGGGAAGGGGGGGCUGCAAGCGAGGCUGCAGGGUUUCACUGGCUUUCCCUAUUGCCACGGCAAGAAAAGCCUGACACGGGGGCCAAACACGGCCGGAGCCCCUGCGGUGAUGCUGAGGGUGAGGAAGGGCACUCACACGUUACGAGUGGAGCUCCCCGUUCCCAAAAGGACACCUCAGCUCCCAGCCGUUUGUCCCUUCCUCCUCCCUUUUCUCUCUUGAUUCCAUUUCCCAGUAAAGGCAAUAAAAGGUGUUUAAAGUGA